AUGUCAUUUGGUCCUGGCGAAGAUUUUAUAGAUAUUUUCAAAAAGACUUUGAAAAAAAACGUAAAAAUAAACGAUAAAGAUUUAUCUGAAGCUGUAAACAACAUGCUUAUAAAAUCAAAUAUAAAAAAUUUUAAUGAAUACAUUCGUACAUUUAAAUAUCGCAAUUAUCAGAACAUCGAAGAUUCUUUAGAAAAAUAUAAAUAUAAAAAAUAUUUUUACAGACAUGCUGGCGACUUGCUCGGACAUUCUGGACAAAUAGAAAGAAUUACAUUUGAUAACACAGGUAAACAUGUUGUAAGUGGUGGAUCUGAUGGAAUGAUUAAAUUUUGGGAUGUUGAAACAGGAUUUUUGAUUCAUACCUGUAUAGGACAUAGAAAUUUAGUUAAUGAUUUAUGUUUUAGUAAAGAUGGGAAAUUUUUUGUAUCCUGUGAUUUUAAUGGCAUUAUUAAUGUUUGGGAUUUAUCAAACUUUACAAUACAUUUCACAAUUAGAUGUUUCACUGGUGUUACAUUUUCAGAAUUUUUUGAAAUUAAAAGUCAAAAAGAUGUUUACAAUCUUGUUGUAAUUUUUUGUAAUGGAUUAGUAAAAGUUUACAAAUUUAAUUUAAGUGGUCUUGUUGAAGAAAAAGAAAAUGAUUUUACAUUAGAUGAACCUUAUAAAGCGAUUUGUAUUACAGAUGGGGGACGAUUUUUGCUUCGUGCUGGUUAUUGGCCCUAUUUAAUUCUAUUAGAUACUUAUAAUAUUGAUAAAUGUGUAAUUUUUGAGACUAAUAACUUGCAGGUACAAACAAUUUGUGCAGCAAAAGACUGUUUGAAGUUUGCUGCUGGAUGUGGAAACUGGCUUUUUCAGUGGACUUAUUUUUAUGAAGGCUGUUCUUCUAUGGGUAAUUUUAGCCGAACUACAAAAAUUAUCGCUGGUCAUUGGAAAAAAACUGUUUUUAAAUUAGACACAGAAGAUUCUUAUCAGAUUGAUAACAUGAGCUAUCUAAAAAAUGGAUAUUUAGCGUGUGUUUGUACUGAUCUUAAAAUUAGGAUUUAUUCUGAUCGAAUAUUGCGAUACACGGUAGAGGUAGAUGAAAUGGGAAGUAUUUGCGCACAUCCUUUUGAAAACAUUUUUGCUUAUCAUGGCCAGUUUCUUAAAUUUUAUUUUUUAGAUAAAUUAAUUAAUUGUGAGAAAAUUAAUUUUACUGUAAAUGAUUGUCAGUUUUCAAAUGAUGGUGAUUAUUUUGUUAUUGGUGACGAGUUGGGAAAUGUAAGAACUUUUUCGCUUAACCAUGAUAAGUACAUUUUUUCUGAACAGUUUUUUUUAUCAGAUUUUGAGCAUUUUACAACAACUAAUAAUACUUUAUACAGAGAAUGUAAAAAUGAUUGUACUUUAGAUUCAAAUAGAAAUAAGAAUGAAGGCUGGUUACUCAUUGAUUAUUCUUCGCGUCCGAUUAAUAAUGCAAAAAAUGUUUUAAUUGAAGAAGCAGCAUUUGUUCAUCUUAUUUCUAAAUAUCUAGAUAAGUCUAAAUACAAAAGAAAAUUUUGUGCAAUAGACAUUGAAACGACUACAACAACUACAGAGAUUGAAGAAAGUGAAGGAAGCGUAGACUUUAGUGAUGAAAGUUGUUCGGAUACGCAGGAAAUAAUAGAAAAUGAGAACAGGUCAAGUGAAGAAGAAAUUAUUGUUAGAAGGCGAGGAGUUUAUAAGGAUCCUAUACUACCUGUUGAAAAUAAAAUUUCUGUCACAUUACGUCGUAAUUAUAUUGAAUCAAUUGAAUAUCCAAAACCCCGAAUGGUUAGGUUAAGAAGAACUAGUAAUAAUGAAGAUGAAGGGUUGGAAUUUUUUCAUUAUCAAAGAAAAUCAGUUAAGAAAAGAAAAAAAACAAAAGAACAGGAUUCUUUAUUUGAACAAGGGUUUAGAAGAAAAUCUAGUGACUCGUCAAGCUCUAAAAUUAGACUUAGGCGGCAUAUGUUACUAGAAGAUUAA